UUUUGAGAGAAUCACAUUCCAGAAUUCCAAGGCUCCCUCCUCAUCCUUGAAUCAAGUCGAAAUUGAAUCAAAGCAAACCACUCGAACACAAUGGCAUCCAACCCACCAGCGAGGUGCUGCACCAUUGGUGUCACCCACGAAGGAUCAGCCAAGGGCGAGACGAAGAAGAUUGGCAACAUUGAUACAUACUUCGCUUAUCCCGAAUCCAAGCAGACCGAGAUCGCCAUCUUGCUCCUCACAGAUGUGAUUGGAUACAACUUCAUCAAUGCUCAGCUGAUCGCGGACCAAUUUGCCGCCAAUGGCUACUACGUUGUCGUGCCCGAUCUGUUCGAGGGAGACCCGAUCCGUCUUAACAACCCACCGGGCUUUGACUUUAUGGAGUGGCUAAAAUCGAGCGGGCCCAGCGGUGGUCAUGGCCCAGCUCAAACUGAUCCGAUCGUUGAGGCUGUGAUCAAGGACAUGAAGACCAACCAAGGUGUCAAAAAGAUUGGAGCAGUCGGAUACUGCUUCGGUGCCAAAUACGUUGCGCGCUUCAUGACAGGCGGCAAAGGUGUCGAUGUUGGCUACAUGGCGCAUCCCAGCUUCGUUGAUGUCGAGGAAAUCAAGGCGUUGACAGGCCCGCUGUCAAUCUCCGCUGCCGAAACCGACUCAAUCUUCCCAGCAGAGAAGCGCCGCCAAACCGAGGAUCUCUUGAAGGAGAUGACGAUCCCGUACCAAAUCACGCUCUACAGCUCUGUCGAACAUGGGUUCGCUGUGCGCGGUGAUAUUUCCAAGAAGGAGGUGAAGUAUGCCAAGGAGGCUGCAUUUGUUCAGGCCGUGGCUUGGUUCGAUGAAUACUUGAAGAACGAUAGGGCGUGGGCGGCGUAAGUCGGCUAGAAUCCUUCUUGUUGAGACGUCCAGCCCGCAUUGACAUUGGUACCUCAAAGUCCGACCACCAAACUGUGAUCCCACGAAUGACUCGCCAAUGGGCAGAAUACAUAGCUCGCACUCCCUCCUGGAGGCUGUUGUAUAGUCGAAGCAAUAUCAACGAACGUACUUGUCCAUGAAUCGGCGGUGGAAGUCACUGCGGAGAAGGUCGUUCACAAAGCGCUUCUCCUUGCCACGCUCGUCCGUUCCUCUAGCUUGGUUCUUGAAAACCACAUCAUCGUCCCAUCGACGCUUCACACCGUAGUCCUCCUUUUGUGGGUUUAGUAGUGGAUUUCCCAGCGCUAUGUCCCUCUCGCGUUGCUCUUGAUCCUUCUUUUCCUGUUCUGCAGCGGCUUUCGCAGCGGCCUCUGCACGCUCCGCUUUUAUCUUAGCCAACUC